AUGGUUGAAGAUAAAAUUGAAAAAGAUAAGAUAGAAGGAGCUACUCAAAGGCUUGUAUCAAAGUUAACAAAUGAAAGAUUAAAGGAAGAAAUAUUAAAGAAAACAAUAAAUGAAUACAAGCAAACAAUUGAAGUAGUUUCAAAAUUAACAAAAAAAUUAAAUCACAAAGUUAUUAUUCCAUUUUCUAGAAUUGCUUUUUAUGAAGGUCAAAUAAAAUACACAAAUAAUAUAUACCAAAAUAUUGGAUGUAAUACAUAUUGUGAAAGAACAGCAGAAAAAGCAUGUGAUUAUCUUAAAAAGAAGUUAGAUUUUUAUGAAAAAAAAUAUAAAAUAAUUACAGAUUCCAUAAAUAGGUUAACAAAAGAAAUCGAACUUGCUUUAGAACUUGAUCAAACUUCCAAAAUUGAAAAAAACGAAGAUAAUUUUAAUGCUUUUUUGAGACCUGAUGGAUUUUUAGAAAUAAGGGAGGAAUAUCAUAGUAGUGAUGAAGAUACAAAUAACCAAAAAGAAAAAAAUUUAAAAAAUGAUGAAGAAAUAAAUUUUGAAAAAGAUAGUAUAAAUGAAACUAAAAGCGAAAAAAAUAUUGUUGAUGACAAAGAUAUUGAUAAUGAAAAUGUUAUGGUGCAAUAUGAAAAUAUUAAAAGAUAUAAUAAUGAAGAGAUAAGUAAUGAAAAAAUUAAUUCAAAAAAAGAAAAACUUGGGCUAUCAAAAGAAAAAAUGAAUCUAAAUAAAGCAAAUAAAAAUAUUAGUAAUAAAUCUUUAAAUAUUAAUGAACGAGGUUUUCUUAAUAUAGAAGAAAACUAUAAUAGUAGCAGUAGCAACAAUAGUUACGUAGACUAA